UUGUGUGUAAUUAGAUUGUGCACUCGUCUGACUGAAUGUGUGGACAGAUGGAGGAGGUUUGUUUGCAGCUCCCAGUCACUAAACACUGCUGUGGAGGAGUUUAUUUAGCGUGUAAUACUGAAGGGUGAAUGGAUGCUAUACUGCAUGACAGUACAAAUCAUAACGUUAGAUUAUUAUAUAUAGUCAGAUUCAUCUUUAUAUUUGCACAAGCCGAUGGAAUCUUCUCCAUGCAUAAUGUUAAACUCUCUCUCUCUCUCUCUCUCUCUCUCUGUGUGUGUGUGUGUGUGUGUGUGUGUGUGUGUGUGUGUGUGUGUUUCCUUUUCUCAUCCAGGAGUACUCAAGGCUGGCUGUUCAUUACUGGGAGGCAUGGCUCAGACUAACAGCUAUGGACAGAGCAGCAAUGGAGUAGCGGAUGAGUCUCCCAACAUGCUCGUCUACAGAAAAAUGGAGGACAUUAUUGCUCGGAUGCAGGAAGAGAAGAACGGCAUUCCCAUUCGCACAGUGAAGAGUUUUCUGUCCAAGAUUCCCAGUGUCUUUUCAGGUUCAGACAUUGUGCAAUGGAUGAUCAAAAACCUAGCCAUCGAAGAUCAAGUUGAGGCUCUUCACCUGGGAACUCUGAUGUCUGCACAUGGCUAUUUCUUUCCCAUCUCGGACCACGUGCUCACUUUGAAGGAUGACGGGACAUUUUAUAGAUUCCAGACUCCCUACUUUUGGCCUUCAAACUGCUGGGAACCGGAGAACACUGAUUAUGCUGUUUACCUCUGUAAGCGGACAAUGCAGAAUAAAGCCCGGCUGGAACUUGCUGACUACGAAGCUGAAAGUUUAGCACGGCUACAGAGGGCCUUUGCACGGAAAUGGGAAUUUAUAUUUAUGCAAGCAGAAGCACAAGCUAAAGUGGAUAAGAAACGGGACAAAAUCGAGCGGAAGAUUCUGGACAGUCAGGAGCGGGCAUUCUGGGAUGUGCACAGACCCGUGCCCGGCUGUGUGAAUACGACAGAAGCCGACAUCAAGAAAUCCUCCAGGAUGAAACAGCCUCACAAAACACGGAAGUCAGUUUAUGGUCUACAGAAUGACGUCCGUAGUCACAGUCCCACACACACCAGCACACCUGAGGUUAAGGAGCCCACUGAGGAGGAGCUACAGGAACAGAUACAGUAUUGGCAAGCGCAGUUGGACAGACAUCGAUUAAAAAUGUCUAAAGUUGCAGAAAGUUUGUUGAGCUACACAGAGCAGUACAUGGAAUACGACCCUUUUAUAACCUCACCUGAGCUAUCAAACCCCUGGAUCUCAGACGACAGUGCUCUGUGGGAACUGGAAGCCAGUAAGGAGCCGGGUCAGCAGAGGGUGCGGAGGUGGGGUUUCAAUUUUGAUGAGGUUCUGAAGGAUCCUGUAGGGAGAGAACAGUUCCUGAAGUUCCUCGAAUCUGAAUUCAGCUCGGAGAACCUAUGUUUCUGGCUGGCCGUGCAGGAGCUUAAGAAGCGGCCGAUCCGUGAGGUGCCCAGUCGUGUGCAGGAGAUCUGGGACGAGUUUCUGGCCUCCGGAGCCCCGAGUGCCAUCAACCUCGACUCCAAGAGCUACGAUAAGACCAUGCAGAAUGUCAAAGAUCCCGGACGCUACACGUUUGAAGAUGCUCAGGAGCACAUCUAUAAGCUGAUGAAGAGCGACUCGUACAGCCGCUUCAUUCGAUCCAGUGCCUACCAGGAGCUUUUACAGGCCAAGAAGAAGAAAAGCAAGAAUUUGUUCUGAAGAAGUGGGUGCUGGGACGUCAGAGCUACGAUCAUCAGGCCUCUAAUUUCCUGCAAAACUGCAUCACACCUCAUCUGGAGAAGAGGAGCAUGUGAUUUGUACAUUACUGUAAUCUACUGUGCUUCAUAAUAAACCCACACGGAGGUAGAGCAGUCGAGUCGUUGCAUGUCUGAUAAACUGAGGUAAAAGAUGGCUUUAUUUUCUUUCCAUUGUUCAUCAUAUGCUCAUGAAGAGGACUCUUUCCCCCCCCAACAGACUUGAAAACGCAUUUCCCAGUUACCUCCUUAAUUUUCACAUAUCAGCUUUAGCUGUGUUUUGUGAACAGAGAAUAGGAAUAAAAAUCAGUAUAUAUAGUAUCUAUAAGCAAAUAUCAAACUCUUUAUAACAUUGUAUAAACACACACACACACACACACACACACACA